AACAUCGCAAUUCGUCACCGCCGCGAUUCAACGAACGAAUGAAUCCCGGACCGAUCCGCACCGGCGAGACGAUCGUGCUGUUGUGCAUCUCGCAGGGUAACCCUCCACCUACAUAUCUCUGGUUCCGCGAAUCCGUGUCGGGCACAACGAUGGUUUUCAAUUCGGAGAGGAUACACGCGCGCGCUGGUGUACUGGUGCUACAGCCGGCCCGCGUCGAGGAUGCCGGCAGAUACGUCUGCCACGCGAACAAUACCGCUGGUUCCGAGCGGGUCGUACUAGAAGUCACUAUCGUAAGCAGUCUCUCCAUCCAUCUAGCACCUCAACAGGUGACUGUGGACCUGGGGAAAGAUGCGGAGUUUCAGUGUUCCGUCACGGUCAGCCACAUCCGGUAA